AUGCAGUUUAUUGUAUUAAUUACUAUACUACAUUUUGCAUUUGCUGAUAAUGUGAAUUCACCUUCAGUUAUUAUUAUCGGUGCUGGCCCAUCAGGUCUAGCAGCAGGUCGGAAAUUAUACGAAAAUGGUUUUGCUGUGACAAUUCUUGAAGCUGAAAACCGCAUCGGAGGACGUGUUCACAGCGUGAAAUUUGGCGACGCUUACGUUGACCUAGGCGCUGAAUGGUGUCACGGUGAAGAAGAUAAUAUUGUUUAUCAAAUGGUCAGACCUUUAGGAAUAUUACGACAUUCUAAUUAUGAUUAUCAUUUGAUUUUUUCUGAUCGGAAUAAUGUGGAUGAAUCAUUCGAUAAUGAAUUGGAUGAAUUGUAUGAUUCUACAUACACAGCUGAUGGUAACCGUAAUCAAUCAAUUGAUACUACUGUUGGUGAAUAUUGUAUACGAAUAUUUAAUUCAACGAUUCGUGAAAAAUGGGGUGACGAUAAAGAUAAAUUCCGUACUGCUAUGAUGUGUCUAGAAACUUUUCAUAGAUAUGCACUUAGCGAUGAAGGAUCUUUCUCUUGGUUGGACGUACCCGCUACAAAUGAUUACAGAAACUGUGAGGGUGAUCUUGAGCAGAAUUGGAACGGACGUGGCUAUAAAACUAUUUUGGAAAUACUUCUCAAACGCUUUCCAACUGCUGACAAAUCAUUUCGAUUAGAUAAACGCAUCAAGGUGAAUACGGAAGUUGUUGAAGUAAUCUAUGAGGAAGAUUUUUCUGUUGCGCUGUGUGCGGAUGGCUCUGGAUAUGUUGCGGAUCAUAUUAUAUUUACUCCGUCAUUAGGAGUACUUAAACAUCAAUAUAAAACGUUGUUCAGACCUCCGUUGAGUCCUAGGAAAGCGCAGGUCAUUGAAGAAUUAGGUAUUUCGGCUGUUAUUAAGGUAAUGCUUCAUUUCCCAUGGCGAUGGUGGCCGAAAGGAGAUUUUACAGGGUGGACUUUUGUUUGGACUUAUGAGGAUAAAGAAAUGUUACCAAUUGAGUUUCCGUAUGGACCAAUUAGACAUGAUCAACAUUGGUUACGUAAUAUAAUGAGUAUUUAUCGCCUAGAACAAAAUCCUCAAGCACUCAGUGUGUGGUUCACAGGCGAAUUUGUUCCUGAUUUAGAAUUAUUAGAUGAACAUAUUUUAAUUGAAGGAAUUCUGUUUAUGUUGAACAAAUUCUUCGGUGAUUUGUAUUUCAUUCCGUAUCCUGACAAAAUGAUAAGAGGUGAUUGGUACUCAAAUCCACAUUUUCAUGGAACUUAUUCUUAUCAAACUAUAAUAGCUCGUGAACAUUUCCCUGAAUCACCAAAUCUAGUCCUAGCUGAACCUAUACUAAACAAAAGAGGUAUCCCACGAUUACAAUUUGCUGGAGAAGCAACACAUCCUUAUCAUUAUUCCACUGUUCAUGGAGCAAUCGAAACAGGUUUCCGAGAAGCAGAUAGGUUAAUCAAAAUUUAUAAAUAAAUAGAUGUAUAUAAUUUCAUAUUACAUAUUUAUACAAAUGAUACAGUAGAAAAUAAUUAAUUAAUAGGAGCGGGAGUUUCUGCUUGAUCCUCUCUGAUGUCUAAAUAUACAAUGGUGUUUGAUGUUCGUUUUAAUAUCACAAUGAAUCUGAAAAUAAAUUAAUUCAUUUUA